AUGUACUCAAGUCCCGUCCAGAAAAAAUGUACCAAAGUCCCGUCCAGAGAAAAUGUACCAAAGUCCUGUCCAGAGAAAAUGUACCCAAGACCCGUCCAGAGAAAAUGUACCCAAGACCCGUCCAGAGAAAAUGUACCAAAGACCCGUCCAGAGAAAAUGUACCCAAGACCCGUCCAGAGAAAAUGUACCCAAGACCCGUCCAGAGAAAAUGUACCAAAGUCCCGUCCAGAGAAAAUGUACCAAAGACCCGUCCAGAGAAAAUGUACCAAAGUCCCGUCCAGAGAAAAUGUACCCAAGACCCGUCCAGAGAAAAUGUACCAAAGUCCCGUCCAGAGAAAAUGUACCAAAGUCCCGUCCAGAGAAAAUGUACCCAAGACCCGUCCAGAGAAAAUGUACCCAAGACCCGUCCAGAGAAAAUGUAACAAAGUCCCGUCCAGAGAAAAUGUACCCAAGACCCGUCCAGAGAAAAUGUACCCAAGACCCGUCCAGAGAAAAUGUACCAAAGACCUGUCCAGAGAAAACGUACUCAAGUCCCGUCCAGAGAAAAUGUACCAAAGUCCUGUACAGAGAAAAUGUACCAAAGACCCGUCCAGAGAAAAUGUACUCAAGUCACGUCCAGAGAAAAUGUACCAAAGUCCCGUCCAGAGAAAAUGUACCAAAGACCCGUCCAGAGAAAAUGUAUUCAAGUACCGUCCAGAGAAAAUGUAA